AAUGGAAUGGAACGUCGAUGUUUUUCUUCGCCAGUCGACGACUUUGAAGACUCUGAGUUUAUCCAUUUUAUACUAAAGGGAGACUGGAAACAAGCUAUUCAAACUAAAUUCGGAAAACAUACCUAUGAGAGCAUACAGAGUAUUGCACAGAUAGUUCAGCACCGAGUCAAGCCUGAAGACGCUAGAAAGGAUCCAACGGUGUACACUGGUACAGCAGGAAUUGCUUAUUUUUUCUAUAGGCUUGGUAUUCAUCCAUUAUUGGAACCAAACCAACGUCUAAAUUAUCUUGCUGUAGCCAAGAAAUACAGCGAUGCUUCAGUGAAUAUUGUAGAAAAUAACACAAGAAGGCUGGGUAACAGUCUUAUGUUAGGAUCAACAGGAGUUUAUUUGGUAGCCUUUCUAAUAUCCGACGCUAUUUCAGACAAUAAGGAACUCUGUCAACAUUUUUAUAGCAAAGUGAUAUCCCUGACGGAUUCAUGGCUUACCACAGAUUCAGAAGAUGAAUUUCUUUAUGGAAAGGCAGGCUUCUUAACUGCACUGAUGUUUUUCCAUGGAUAUGAUAAGAAAUGGGAGAUAUGUGCUAGAAAUAUAGCAAUGCAACUGUUUGAGAAUGGUCGAAAAACAGCAAACUCGUCUAAUUGGAGUAGACAUUGUCCAUUGCUUUACCAGUGGCACAACAAAUUUUAUCUUGGUGCAGCUCAUGGUACUGCUGGUAUUAUUCAUAGUUUGUUAUUGUUGGUUUCAAGAGGCUUGAAAGAUUUUCAAUGUUUUCCGGAGAAUGAACUAAAGGAGACCUGUGAAUUUUUAUAUCGACAAAGAUGUCCUCGGACGAACAACUACUUUUCUUCGUUGGAUAGUAGACGUUCGGAACUUGUACAAUGGUGUCAUGGUGCUCCUGGCUUUGUAUAUUUAUUUUGUAAGGCAGCGGAACAUUUCUCUGAUAUCACAUAUUUGAAACACGCAUUGGAAGCUUCCAUACCAGUCUGGAAUUGUGGCUUGUUAUUGAAAGGCCCUGGUUUAUGUCAUGGUAUUGCUGGAAAUGCUUACUGUUUCCUUCGACUUUUUCGUUGUUUACAACAGUUUCCUUCUGAUGCACAAAAGGAGAAGCUGUUGUUUCAAUGCAUUCAACGAGCCGCACAAAUGGGUUCAUUUCUCAUCAAUUAUUCAACAAACUCUAUUCCUUGUAUUCAUACGGAACGGGGAAUGAGAACGCCUGAUAGACCAUUUUCAUUAUAUGAGGGUAUUAGUGGAACAGGCUGCUUUCUGUUGGACCUGCUGAAUCCGUUUGACAGUCACUUUCCAUUAUUUGAUUGAGGAAACAUGAUGAGGGUGCGAUAUUUCAA